AUGGAACCUGUUGGCAGUGUGCGCAAUGGCGAGCCAGGGGAUGUUGUCCGCAAAGCCGGUCUGGCAAGACACACCCUGGGCAUAGUGCUGCUCAUGUGCGUUGUCUUCUUGUGGACAGCCUCGAAUUUCCUCGCUAGUAAUAUCCUGGCAGACGAUAGCUAUUCUCAUCCAUUCUUCAUCACAUACGUCAACACGUCCUUUUUCAUCGUCUUUCUCAUAGUCGUCAUCGCUCGGCGGGUUUUCGGAAUAUGGAGUAGCGGGAAUUUAUCUCGGGUGAAAUCCUGGAGGUCCUUUCUCAUUUAUAUCGAUUUGCACGGCACUACGAAAGAAGGAUCCCAUCGGGGUAUUUUGGAGCCAGAAGACGAAGACGGAGAAGAAGAAGAAGAAGACGGGCUGGAUGAUGCAGCGAGUAUACAACAACGACAAGGGUUGCUGCGUGGCUACCGGGAGGAUGAAAUAGAAGAAGGAAUCUCGGCCAUCAGCGUCCCUUCGUCGCCGUCCGAGAAGCUCGGGCUAAAAGCGACGGCACGCCUGGCAGCUCAGUUCUGCCUGCUGUGGUUCGCAGCCAAUUAUUUCGCGCUGGCUUGUCUGCAGUACACGACCGUGGGAAGCACGACGAUCCUGACUUCGACAAGCGGCGUGUGGACACUGGUAUUCGGCGCGAUUAUCGGAGUCGAAAAGUUUACGGUGCGCAAGUGUCUGGGCGUGCUGGCGUCUUUGACUGGUGUCAUUCUGAUUUCGCGGCUGGACAUGUCAUCCUCUUCCAACGACGACGAAACAAUCAUCUCCCCACCAACCCUUGCUGUACGCGGUGCUGAUGGAAACGACGGAGGAGGAGGCACAUUCCCAAACAAAACGCCCGCCGAGAUUGCGCUGGGCGAUGCCAUGGCGGCCUUUAGCGCAAUCAUCUACGGCAUCUACACAAUCGUCAUGAAGAAGCAGGUCGGCGACGAGUCGCGCGUCAACAUGCAGCUCUUUUUCGGCCUGGUUGGGUUUUUCAAUGUGUUUUUCUUGUGGCCCGGGUUUAUUGUUCUUCAUCUUAUGGGGGUUGAGAGGUUUUCGCUGCCGUCGGAAGAUCGGAUCUGGGUGAUUAUUCUGAUCAACUCCAUCUCCUCGCUAGUCUCCGACAUUUGCUGGGCGUACGCGAUGCUUCUCACAAGCCCGCUUGUUGUGACCGUCGGCCUCAGUCUGACUAUCCCGCUGUCUCUCGUGGGCCAGAUUGUUUUGCAGGGGGAGUACGCCAGUGGGCUGUACUGGCUUGGUGCGGUGAUUGUGUUUUUGUCGUUUUUGAUUGUUAAUCACGAAAGCAAGGAGGGUGGGCAUGAGCAGCCGGUUGUUUUCGAGAGUGAUCCUCAAAGUGGAUAG